CCAGUUGUGUUCUCUUAAUUUAAUUCAGAUUAACAGCUUACAGUAAACUUCAGUACUGAACAGAUUAGCAUAUUACAUAUUAGUAUCAUUGAGAAGUUUACUUGAUUAGAGUAGUUUAAGAUUACAUAAUAGAAGUUUACUAGGAUUUGAGUUUAUUGGAUUGGAACUUAAUUAAAAUAGAUUAGCAGGUUAGCAUUGAACAGAUUACUUGAUUCGAGUAGCAUUACAACAGACAACCAGAUUACAUAUUACCCUUUUCCAUAUUAGAAAUUAGCAUUCAACAGAUUAGUAAUUAGCAUUCAACAGCAUUCAGCAAAUUAUAGAUGAGCAUUUAGCAUAUUACAGUUUCAAACUUAAGUACUUAAUAGUUUGGAUGUGUUCAGUACUUAAGUUUAUCACAAACAAAAUUAGGAUUACCAGUUUGAAACUUACAAUCAUAAAUUGACCAGUUUGGCUACUAACACUAAUGAACUUACAAUGGUCGCGAUAUGAGCUUGAAUUGGUUCUAUUCCAAGUUAGAUUUGUUUGUCCAAAAAGCUAAGUCAACUCACUUGCACAAUCUGAAUUUUUGGCUAAGUGUUAUGACGAGUUCGGGUAGCCAACUUUAGGAGCUAGGAUCUUCCAAUUGGGUGGGUGAAAAUAUGAGUCUAGGGUUUUGUUUUGAAGCUGGGGAUCUCCUCUACAAGUUAGGGUGUCUGGCAGAUCAAGGGAGAACUCAGAAGGCCAUUUUACAGGCUCGACAAAAGGCUGCAUCAACACUGGAAAAUUGGCAGGAUUUGUCCAAGUGUCAGACUGUGAUCAGGGAAGCCACUUUGAGGCUCUGUUUCAAGAAGAUGGUAUCAAAUCAAGGGAGGAUCUUUACACCACAUAAAAGUGUGUUUGUUUGUCUACAGAAGCAAGAUAUUGGCUGAGUAAAUGAAGGUCGUGAACGAGAGGCUCAAAGAUUCUAUGGAACCUGUUUGAGAAACAGUUUACUUAAGCUAGAAGAAAGGGUAGUAUGGACGAGUUUGGAUUCCUUUUCAAUUUGGGAUUGUUACCGUAGCCAUAUUAUAGUUUAAUUAGCUUUCCUUGUUCGCUUGUAGUUUAAUUAGGUUUAAGUUUAUCUAUUUAAAGGCCUAGAAACUCCAUUGUAAUAGUUAGACAUCAAUAAUCAAAGAACUUGUUCAUUGAGUGUUUUGCUCAAAGAUUUGUCCUUGUUUUGUGAUUGGUUUCCAGCGAGGAGCGAGCCUUGAAUUCGGCUGAGCCUCUUCCCCGCGAGUGGUGUCGAAGUUGCACUCCGAACCAUCUCUUUUCCCCUGUUUUUUCUUGAUCCAUUUUGUUUCGUCGCUAACAAGUUAGGAAGGUUGAAGUUUGUGAGCUUGUGACGACAAGCCUGGUUAUUUGGAGCUUAUCAAGUGGUAAUCAAAGCCUAGUUCUACUUAGUGGUGUUUCACGACGUCGUCAAUGGAAGGCGGCGCCGGUACAGCGUGGUGGACCAGGUCGAAGAGUCAAGUGGAUUGUGACCAUGCUGCUAUUAUGUUAACAUAAUAGGGGAAGAAGAAGAAGUCUACAAACACAUCGUAGGUUGCGAUUGACGACGAUCCAACCAUGGCGGAGCAGGCUAACACCGCGGAGUUGCUUCGCACAAUUAUGGCGUAGCAGAACGCUGCGAUCCAAGCUCAAUUCAACAACUUGAAUCGGCAAUUGGCCGAACUAAGGACAACGGUGAAUGCCCCUGUCCAGCCAAGGGAUGCUCAGGGGAAGUUCGAAUGCCUGAACAUCAGCAAAUUCAGGGAAAUUUCGAGUUUCGACCACCAGACGUAGGGAAAGGGAACAACCUUACUAAUCUAAGAGGCAUCAAGCUACAAGUGCCAUCGUUUUCUGGUACGAACAACGCCUCUGCGUAUCUGGACUGGGAAAGAAAGGUGAUGUUGUUUUUUCAAUGUGGAGAUUAUAGCGAAAUUCAGAAGGUGCUCCUUGCGACGUAUGAGUUCACCGACUACGCCACACAAUGGUGGGAGCAGACCCAGCUCCGCCGUCGGAGGAAUUUACAACCUGAAAUCACAGUGUGGACGGAGUUAAGGGGUCUAUUGCACGAAAGGUUCGUGGUGGGAUACUAUCAACGCGACCUGCAUGAAGCAUUGCAGCAACUACGACAGGGGUCCAAGUCCGUUGAUGAAUAUUUUAGAGAAUUAGAGCUCCUUAUGAUGCGCGCUGACAUCCGGGAAGACAAAGAAGCCACCAUUUCCAGGUUUCUUCAUGGCAUGAAUCGUGAAAUUCGGUUAGAAGUUGAGCUACGACCCUUCGUCGCAUUGGAAGAAGUUGUUCACCUUGCGAUUGAGGUGGAACGACAACAACGAACAAGUGUGGGAAGAAGGUACUCUAAGUCUGUUCCUGAACACGCCCUUGCAAUUAAUCUUGAAUAGACCAGGUUAGAAGGAGCCAUAUUUGCACCCCGCACCCCGCACUACUGCUCUGGUGUCUCACGAGAAGCCGGGCUGAUCGAUGAGCAGCAUCCAAUGAUUUAAGUGUUUCGGCAGAGGCCACAAGGCCAACUAGUGUCCAAAUAAGAAAGCCUUGGUGCUUUA